UAAAAUGGCUGCCAAGUUACGACAUCUUUUCCACUAUUUUAUUAUAUAAUUCGUUAAGUUUUUGUUACUCGUAUUUUUCAUAAGAUAUGAGUGGGGGUCAUAGUGUCUCGAAAUCUGCUGUAAAUAUGCCUGACAAGUCACUACUUCGACAUGUUCGCUACGAACAUUUGAUUGCUGGAGUCUGUGGAGGUGUUUCUGCAACCAUGUGUUUGCAUCCUCUUGACUUGAUGAAAGUACGUCUGCAAGUGAAUGAUGGUCUUGGACGUGGGCCUAAAUACAAGGGAUUUUUAGACGCAACAAGAUCCAUAAUAAGGAAUGAUGGAUGGCGAGGAUUGUAUCAGGGUGCAGCGCCUAAUGUACUCGGAAAUGGUUCUGCAUGGGGACUUUACUUUUUUGGUUAUAAUAUUAUUAAAGCCUGGAUGCAUGAUGAUAGUGAGAAGCCACUAGGAGCAGAAAAGCACCUUCUAGCUGGUGCAGUAACUGGGCUUGUUACAUUGACUCUCACCAACCCUAUCUGGGUGGUUAAGACAAGAAUGUGUCUACAAUACAGUGGAGAAUACAGUGUUCAGCAGCAACGAUAUAAAAGCAUGCUGGAUACUUUGGUAAAAGUGUGGAGAUAUGAAGGCUUGAGGGGGCUGUACAAGGGAUAUCUACCAGGAAUAUUUGGUGUAACCCAUGGAGCACUUCAAUUUAUGGCCUACGAAGAAUUAAAGAAAGCUCAUAGUCAUUAUUUUAAUCCACCAAUCAACCAGAAACUGAAUUCUUUUGAUUACUUGAUUAUGGCUUCCUUGUCUAAGAUAUUUGCCGCUAGUGUCACCUACCCUUACCAAGUCAUUAGAUCAAGAUUACAAAAUCAUAACACAAUAGGGCAAUAUAAUGGAGCAAUUGAUAUCAUAAGGAAAGUAUUCAGAUAUGAAGGAAUUACUGGGUUUUAUAAAGGCAUGGUGCCAAGUAUAAUCAGAGUAGUCCCAGCUUGUGCAAUAACUUUUGUAGUGUAUGAAAAUGUCGUGUAUUACCUUUUACCAAAGAAAUGAUCUGCAGUAAAAUGGAGCCAAAUUACAGUACACCUUCAAUUACAUAUGCUCGUCACUUGGAAGUCACCUGAGGUCUUUUAGUUCAUCAAUAAGAUCCAGGGCCCAAGUACAGUACAUGGUAUUUCCAGGAAAUGCGAGCAUGCCAAGAAAACCACACGAAGAGACAACUAAACAACAUAUAUCAAAUUCAAAGAAAUGCACUGUGAAUAAUGUCAAAUCCAAGUUAAUUAUAAUAAAGUAAAUACUAUACUUUUAUCUUUAGGGGAUUUUCUAUCAUAAUAUCAAGACAUGGUGUGAGGGCUCAGCAAGAUUUAUUUUGGAGGAUAAGUUCUUUGCAGAUAAUUUGGGAGAGGAUAUCAAAUACAUAGGAAAGUUAUGGGCUACCAAUAUACCGGGUGUGGGCCAGUGAGAUAAAACUUACCUAUAGCUAGUGAUUUUGCUAACAACCCCCAUCCCUAUGCCCCAGUACAUAAGGGAACCUUACAUUUGCUGUUGCAGAGACUCGAAGCACUUGUGAAGUUAAUAAGGGAAAGCUAAAUAAAUAGCAAUGAAUAUUUUAUAAGCUAAA